UGUUACUGAGUUUGUUAUGAUAAGUCGAGGCCUCGGACUAAAUUAGGAAGCAAGCCCCCGUGUUUAUCCGGGCGAAUCCCGCAAUGGAGGGCAUGGACCUGGACCAGGACCUCAUGCAGAAAUUCAGUUGCAUGGGUACAACAGACAAAGAUAUACUCAUAUCGGAAUUCCAGAGGCUUCUUGGGUUUCAGUUAAACCCCGCCGGAUGCGCCUUCUUUCUGGACAUGACCAACUGGAAUUUACAGGCAGCCAUUGGAGCCUAUUAUGAUUUUGAAAGUCCCAACAUCAGUGCACCCUGCAUGUCCUUUGUAAAAGAUGUGACGAUUGGUGAGGGGGAGUCCGUUCCACCUGACACACCUUUCACAAAGACCUGGCGGAUACAGAACACUGGUGCAGAGUCAUGGCCUCCAGGGGUUUGCCUCAAGUAUGUAGGAGGAGAUCAGUUCGGCCAUAUAAACAUGGUGAUGGUGCGUUCUCUCGAUCCGCAGGAAAUGACUGAUGUCAGUGUGCAGAUGCACAGUCCUGUAUCUCCUGGCAUGUACCAGGGCCAGUGGAGAAUGUGCACAGCUACCGGACUUUACUAUGGAGAUGUAAUUUGGGUAAUCCUGAGUGUGGAGGUUGGAGGGCUCCUUGGCGUCACACAGCAGCUUUCCUCUUUCCAAGCUGAGUUCAACACCCAGCCUCAUCGAAACCUGGAAGGAGACUAUAAUCCCUUUGCCUCACCAGAGAAAAACAAGUGCCCUAUCAGCAACAACAACAGCCUCCGUGAUGACCAUAGAGUUGCAGAGGAACAUUGGCAGGGAAGCCCAAAUCAGCUGCAGCAAGACCAGAAUGGACUUUCACAAAACUCUGUGGAUAUAUUAGCAAACAGUCUACAAAGCAAUCUAUCAGUAGUCUCUUAUAACCAGGGUAUACAGGAGCCCUAACUGUUUGGGCACUCUUAAAUCAUGGGACUUGUGAAGGAGUGAAGCAGCACUAAAAUCAUACCUCUGGAGUCUGUCACACCAACAUAAGAAAGAAGGGGAUUAAUCAGUAGCUGAUGGAGAGUGUGGAGAUUCAAAAACACUUUAUGCAAAGUCCAGUCAGACUGAAUAUCCGGAGGCCAAUGCUCCUGACAUGCAGCUCAACCAACACCCUGCACCCACUGUAUGCACGCGUGAAUGCUAAGUUAUAAAUGAGUGCUGAGUCUUCUGAGUGAUGACUUUUUUUUUUCUUUCAUUUUGCAAAGUUGUUUUUUUUUUUUUUUAAAGCAGAGUACCCAUGAAACAGUGAUGACAGGGGUGUGUGAAUGUUUGUGUAGAUGUUGUGUGGAUUGUGCAACAUGAAAAAGAGAAUUUGGAGGAGAAGCCAUUCACUUUGCCAACUGAUUCUCCAGUUUCUACUCUGAUUAUUGGUAUGUUGUUAGGGUUUGUGGACUCUUUGGCGUCUGGAUUACUAAAUUCUUGAAUAAAUAUUAGAAUAUUUUUUGCAUUAUUGGUAAGUGAACCUAACUUUAGAUUUUGUUGGGUCAUUCAUUCAUUCAUUCACAUUUAAAAAAAAAAAAAAAACUAGGAUUCCUACGUAAUAUAAGAUGCUUAUUUCAAGGCAUAUAAACAGCAGUAACAACAUAAUUUCACAUUCUGAAAUCUUUUAUGUUUCCUACUGCUCUGAAUUCAAUUUAAACCUUUCUUGGAAUUGUUUUUAACAUAUUAAGUUGAAUGUAUACGACAAAUGUAGAAUGAGAUAAUAUUUCUGGAAUUUACCCAAAGAUUCUUUAUUGGAUGUUUUCAUUGAACUGGCAGUUUUAUUAGUGUAAAUGUUGGUUUUCAUGUUGCUGACACUUGUUAAGUUUAUGUUUAAGACGUUUCAUUUUGAAGACUACAAUGGUCUCAUUGAUAUUUUACAUUUAAUUUUUAUUCUUUAUCAUCAAAUAACUGAAUCCCAUCCUUUUUAGUGUUACUUGACAUUUACUUACUGGCUAAUCUAUGCACUGAGAAAUGAACCCCCAAUGGCAAGGCACCAGUGUGUCUUUUCUCCUUCAUAAGAAGGGUUUAACAGCUGUUUGGUUUUUUUUGUUUUGUUUUUUUAAUUAAAAUUUGUUUUUUAAAGCAGUGUGUUAUACCACUGUCACAGCCUUUUACUUUGAGGCUUGUAAACUUGAGCGUGAUGAGAGUUGACACAAGAAACUGUCAACACUCGAAGAGCCCCGAGCUCUAGUGUGCAUUUCCUGUUAAUAAAGAGAUUAAUGUUUAUCUUGC